CUCAGGCACUACGUCCGGCCUCCCUCGUCCCCUCUUCCGCCCGAUCUUGAGCAUUAACUCGCGCACCGUUUUGGCACAACUAGCCGCAAAUCCGAUUAUUUCUGCACAGCCUUCACUAACCUGAAACAAUGCUCGCCGUAGUGCGGAAGCAGCUUAAGAGCCACCCAGCUCUGAUCCCCCUUUUCUUCUUCAUCGGUGGAGGAGCAGCCAUGUCCAUGAUGUACCUGGCUCGUCUGGCCUUGAGAAACCCUGAUGUGUGCUGGGAUCGCAAGAACAACCCAGAGCCCUGGAACAAAUUGGCCCCAACUCAUCAGUACAAGUUCUACGCAGUUAACUUGGACUACAGCAAGCUGAAGAAGGAAGGCCCUGAUUUCUAAAGAUCCCAGCUGCUGGAACAAAAGCACAAAGAUGAGCUGAUCCGCACAGUCCCGUUUGGAGCUUCCUCUGGGAGCCCCAGCAAUGCAGAGGCUAAACCCGCACAUUGAAUCAUAUUUAAGUUUUCUCAUUGCAUCCAAUUGGCAUUUGAAAGACAUGUCUCUUAUUUCUCAUUUUCAAUUGUUGUCAAUAAAGUGGAGUCUUUUCUCCUCCAUACAGAGAAAAGAACCUGUCUCAUUCA